AUGGUUUCCCAGCAGAACAUUGCCCACAGCAUCACACUGCCUCCACCUGCUGGUCUUCUUCCCAUAAUGCAUCCUGGUUCCAUGUGUUCCCCAGCUCAUCUGACUGUAAAUCCUAGAAGAUCUCAGUUUUUUAGAGAAGAUUCUGUUUCUCUGAGCUGUGAGGAUGAAGACAGAUCUGCUGGAUGGACUCUGAGGAGAAACACCACCAGAGAAACCAGAACUGUAUGCGGAAAUGACUUCGGAAAAUGGUCUGGUUCUACCUGUAACAUCGACUUCAUGAUUCAGUUUGACAGUGGAGUUUACUGGUGUGAGUCCAUGGAGGCAGCAGCCAGUCAGAGCAUCAACCUCACUGUUUCUGGUGGAUCAGUGAUCCUGCAGAGUCCUGUCCUCCCUGUGAUGGAGGGAGAUCCCCUCACUCUGAGCUGUCAAUCAAAGCAGGACUCCCCCCUCCCAGCUGCUUUCUAUAAAGAUGGCUCCCUCAUCAGGACUGAGCCCGGAGGUCACAUGACCAUCCUCCAUGUUUCCAGGUCUGAUGAAGGCCUCUACAGGUGUAACAUCAGCAGUCAUGGAGAGUCUCCAUCCAGCUGGAUCUCUGUCACAGUUCUGCUCUCACUGAUGAGCUGCAGAACAAACCAGGUGAAGCUGAACCUGAGUCCCAACAGAUCUCAGUUUUUUAAAGGAGAUUCUGUUUCUCUGAGGUGUGAGGAUGAAGACAGAUCUGCUGGAUGGACUCUGAGGAGAAACACCACCAGAAGAACCAGAACUCAGUGUGGAGAUGGAUGGGGAAGACCAUCUGGUUCCAGCUGUAACAUCAGUGUGUUAGUUCCAUGGGACAGUGGAGUUUACUGGUGUGAGUCCAUGGAGGCAGCAGCCAGUCAGAGCAUCAACCUCACUGUUUCUGGUGGAUCAGUGAUCCUGCAGAGUCCUGUCCUCCCUGUGAUGGAGGGAGAUCCCCUCACUCUGAGCUGUCAAUCAAAGCAGGACUCCCGCCUCCCAGCUGCUUUCUAUAAAGAUGGCUCCCUCAUCAGGACUGAGCCCGGAGGUCACAUGACCAUCCUCCAUGUUUCCAGGUCUGAUGAAGGCCUCUACAGGUGUAACAUCAGCAGUCAUGGAGAGUCUCCAUCCAGCUGGAUCUCUGUCACAGAGAGCGAUCCAGCUGCAGUCUACUCGGCAGUGAAAGGAAGAGAAGACGUCACUUAUGGACAGAUGGUCUUCAAAGACGGUGGAGGCCGAUCAAAGAUCAGAGCCAGCGAUCUAGCUGCAGUUUACUCAGCAGUGAAAACAGAAGAAACCAGCUAUGGACAAAUAGUCAUCAGACCAAACAGGAGCAGAGAGUUUCCACUGGAGCCUCAGGUCAUCUACUCAUCACUGAAGUAGUCCACCAGUCCAACCAGUGAGCUGCUGGCCUCUAACUGGUCCACACAGCCAGUCACAACACAGUACAUUCACUUUUUAUGGAGAUUUUUAAAUGUUCUCACUCAAUUAGAUUCAUACAAAAGAGUGAAGAAGCUGCAGAAACUAAAAGACUAAAACCAGAACAUCUUAAAUGUCUCCUGUUGAACAGAAUGUAAUGGUAACUAGUCGUUCUGUGUUCUGUUAUUAAUAUCUUAUUUAUGCAGCAGCGAUCAGGUUUCUCUGCAGGAUCAAUAGUUUGCUUGCUGUUCUUCUCAUGUGGUUCUGUGGGUUUCAGAGAUGUUGGAUGGAACAUUUGACUGUUCUGGUUGGUUGUGGCUAACCGAUGUGUGUGACUGUUCAGUGCAGAUAGCAAAGAACAAACCUACAGAAACCACAACCACGCAGACUAUAAACAGCAUCACUCUGCUACUGAAAACUCUGUACAAAAGUGUCCCUCCCUUUUUUUUUUUUUACAGAAGGUGUGCCCAGAGGAAAAGAAAAUUCAAAAAGAGAUCUCAAAAAUGUUUCAUUUACUUCUCCUAGACAACUUUGAGAUCUGUGUGACACCAAACUGAGACUAAGGCUUAUUUCUCCUGUGUCUCAUUUUUUCUCCUGAGCAAUAAGAUGCACUAAAUCUCAGUUUAGUCUCCUUUAAAGUUUCAGAAGAGAUCUCAACAAGCUCUCAUAUAAUUCUCAGAGUUUCUCAACUUUUGUGUCUCUUUGUGAUCUCAGGCAGAGAAAUCAGAGAGCUCUCUCUAAGAACUCAGUCUGUUCUCAUCCCAGCUUCAGUUCAUGCAUCUCAUACUAAGCUCAGAGAGAACAAAUGAAGAGAUCUCCACAAGCGCUCACUGAAUUCUCAGACUCAGGUCAACGUUUUGGUUGUUUUUAAUCAUCUAGCAUGUUGACUUUAUUGUAAUCCACAUGAUAUUUUUUUAAAUUAAUUAAUAAAGAUUCAGAUUACUUUAUUCAUCCCAAAAGGGAAAUUCAUUUGUCUGUCAGCUCAUCUGCUAUUUGCUAUAGAAUUAUAAAGCCUGAUCGCUGUGGGUACAAAGAUCUUCUAUAUCUUUCCGUCCUGCAGUCCAGAGAGGGGCCCAUCACGGUAUUAUGAGUGAAUGAUCCGUGUUGUUUAGAAUGAUAAAUCCAGUCAAGUGGGAGGAGAGGGUGACAUGAUUGAAGUCACCAUAUAUUAUUAUAAGUGCCUCAAGAUGUUUAGGCUGUAUCCUGGCAACUUCUUAUUUGUUGCAGCAUUUAUAAGGUGUGUGUGUGCAGAGUAAUAUAUGCAUAGGGUGACAUAGCUCAGUGGGUAGAGUGGCUGUCUCACACCCAGAAGGCCGGGGUUUGAUUCCGAAUCUGUCAUGCUCAUGUGGAGGUGUGAGUGAGUCUCACAUAUUGUUCUGUAGAAGCUCCACUAUUGUUCAUUUUCUUUUCCAGAGGAGAAAUAAAGGAGCCAUUAAACACACUGUAUUGAGAUUAGCAAGGUAUCUCCCACAAGUCUCAAGUAUGACUCCCUCUAAUUAUCCUGUCUCACCUAUUUCUCCUAGUGAAUUUUAGGAGAAACAUAUGAGAAACCUUUAGACAAAAUAGAAACUAAAAUGAGGCUGACAUGAGAAUCUCAAAUUUGUCUACUGAGUUGUAGAAGAGCAAGCUUUGAGCAGUAAAAUUUUCCUCUGGGGUUUGCUAAGGUUUAUUUAUUAGGCAGUAAAUUAGGACCCAGGACCCCGUCCAUAGUUCUACCACCACAUUAACAGCAGGGGUGAAAGUAAGAUAAGAUUCUUGCAGGAACUGUGCAACUCAAAAAAAAUAUUUAGUUUGUGUGCAGAAUGUGCGAGCAUCGUACAAGACAGAUGUUGAUAAAUUCUGCUCUUUUCUGACUCCUGUCCACAUCCCUGAGUGCAAAAUGUAAGA